GAUCCUUGCAGCCGUUUUGCAGACCAAGACGGCGAAGGACAUCAAAAGCGAAGCCGCGAACUUCUUUUUCAACGCUGCUGCACAGACGGCGGAGGCGGCUUCUGGACAAGGAGGAUCUUUGCACAGCGCCUCCUCGCAAUGUUUGUUGUCGUACGUCGGCUACGAGAAGACGCUGUGGGGCGCGCAUCUGCUGGAUGUCGUUGUGGCAGCCGGGCUCAUGUCAUCACUGUCCUUGAUGAAGGACUUUCGCGCUGCCCUCAUCGCAGGCAUAAACUGCUUUCUUCCCGCCAUCGCAGCCGAUUUCGGGAAGUAUCUGGUGUGCUACCGCCUGCAGCCAAACGACGGCCUCCGUUGCCCCUUUCUUCCUGGAUUUGCCGGGCUCGCCGGUGCAACGCAGGUGGCUGUGGGCCUAACUCUGUUUAUGAUCGCCGCUCUUUGGACAUGGCUUAGUCUCUCCAGAUCCGAGGAGGAUCCGCCACCCAGCCACGUGGUGUUCCUAACCAGCAAGUAUCAGCCGCGGUAUGCACUCUUUGAGACGGAGCGCUUGAUCAGGAAGACGCUCUUCACAUUCAUCGGCGCCUUGCUUCCCAUCUCCUCCUCGCCAGCCUUGCAGAUGGGAUGCCUAGGCAUGGUGGUUUGGGUGUCGCUGUUUGUGUACUUCCUGUACCAGCCUUACCACACGCCGGAGUGGAACUGGAUCGAAAUCUGCUUGCUCCUCGUGGCGAUGCUCAUGAUCUUGAGCGUGUCAACUUUGCUCGCAAAUGAGUUCCACUGGGGGCAUUCAGUGCCCACUCAGCAGUCGAUCAUCUUCGCAACUGCUGCUGUCGCGGCUGUGGCCAGUGUCAUCAUGAUUUUCAGAGUGAUGAAAGAACUGGUCCGAGAGCAGAGGCAAGCAGCCAAGUGA